CUUCUCUCCCCCCUCCCCCUUCAGCCACUGCCCCCGAGUUUCCUGCGGCUGGACACGGACGGGCGUGUCCUGAGGUUCGACUCCUUUUCCAAGAUCUUCAGCGCUGGGUUGAGGGUCGGCUUCGUGACAGGGCCGGCGCCGUUACUCGAGAGGAUGACGUGGCAUAUGCAGGCCAGUGUGCUGUGUCCGCCGGGUAUCACUCAGGUAAUGGUGAGUGAACUGCUUCGGAAAUGGGGCGACGACGGAUUCAAGAAACACAUAGCUAAGCUGAGGGAAUUUUACAGAGCUCAAAGAGACACCAUGUUGCAGGCAGCGGAAAAACAUCUCACAGGACUGUGUGAAUGGACGGUGCCGAAGGGAGGAAUUUUUAUAUGGUUUAAGGUGCCUGGCCUCCGCGACACGACGCCCAUGCUGCUGGAGAGGGCGAUCUCGAAGGACGUGGUGCUCGUCCCGGGGAGAGACUUCAUGGUGGAGGAGAAGAAACCCUGUCAGUACAUGCGAGCGGCUUAUUCGUGCGCCACGCCGGAGCAGAUGGUGGAGGGAAUGAAGAACUUGGCUCAACUAGUACGAGAGGAAUUGGCACUACGGAAGGACUCUUGAAGGCGAGGAAUAUUGUUUCUGUUUCCAUUCCGAUGUUGUAUUUCUAUUGAAUAUCGAAUAAAAAAGAUACUUCUGGAAUUAUUAUAUUA